AUGGUGAGAGAACCUACUAAAUUAAGUGAUAAGCUGCUCAAUCUUAUCCCUCCAAUCCUGAAUGAUGCUGACAAUGAGCUGGUAAUGUGUCAAGUUACCGAAGAGGAAGUUAAAGAGGUGGUUUUUGCUAUGGCUGCCUAUAAGGCCUCAGGCCCUGAUGGCUUCCCCCCGACCUUCUUUCAGGUGUUUUGGGAGAUUGUGAAGUAUGAUUUGAUAAAAGCCACCAGGGACUUCAUUCAAAUGGGGAACCUUCUGAAGAAACUGAAUAAUACUUUCAUUGUGUCAGUUCCUAAAGUUCCCUAUCCAAAGCUUAUAAUUGAUUUCCGUCCUAUCAGUCUGUGCAAUAUGGUUUACAAGAUCUUUUCUAAAGUUGUUGUUAACCGAAUCAAACCUCUUCUUGAUAGAGAUAUUAGCCCCUCACAGAGGGUUUUAUUUCGGGUAGGCAGAUCCUCGAUGCGGUCAUCACUACUCAUGAAGUCAUUCAUUCCAUGGAGAGGAGUUGCAACCCAGGUAUGGCUUUGA